GUGUAUAGGUCGCGUUAUUAAGGGUUACUUGACCAGUAGGCACAACGAGGAAGUAGAAUGCAGUCGUCUCUUUGUGCCGGCUCUGCCGGCGUCGGCGUCGGCCGCGCGGCCGCGCCCAUGGCACAGCGGAGCAUGCUCUUCAAGCGCCCAAUCUUCGUCGGCACCGCUGCGGAGCUGGGGCUGAAGCCGGCGACGUCGGCAAUCGCCAAGAAGAGCAAGCAGUCACGUGCUCAGACUAUUCGCGUUCAGGCUUCUGGCAACGCGGCUGCCCUGCCAUGGCAGGCGGCCAUGUCAGAGAUUAAGAAGCGCCGCGACAUCAACACCAUCAUGAUUAUUGGCGCCGGUCCGAUUGUCAUUGGCCAGGCUUGCGAGUUUGACUACUCGGGCACCCAGGCUUGCAAGUCGCUGAAGAAGGAGGGCUACCGCGUGAUUCUGCUCAACUCCAACCCUGCCACGAUCAUGACGGACCCCGGCAUGGCGGACCGCACCUACGUUGGGCCCAUGACCCCGGAGCUGGCGGAGCAGAUUCUGGCCAAGGAGCGCCCCGAUGCCAUCCUGCCCACCAUGGGUGGCCAGACCGGCCUGAACCUGGCCAAGACCCUGGCUGAGCGCGGCAUCCUGGCCAAGUACGGCAUUGAGCUCAUUGGCGCCAAGCUGCCCUCCAUCGACCGCGCCGAGGACCGCGAGCUGUUCAAGCAGUCCAUGACGCGCAUCGGCCUCAAGUGCGCCAAGAGCGCCACCGCCAACACGCUGGAGGAGGCCCUGGUGAUUGCGGCCGAGAUCGGCAAGUACCCCAUCAUCAUCCGCCCCGCCUUCACGCUGGGCGGCACCGGCGGCGGCAUCGCCUACAACAUUGACGAGCUCAAGGAGAUCGUCAGCGGCGGCCUGCAGGCCUCCAUGACCAGCCAGGUGCUGGUGGAGCAGUCGCUGCUGGGCUGGAAGGAGUUCGAGCUGGAGGUGAUGCGCGACCUGAACGACAACGUCAUGAUCGUGUGCUCCAUUGAGAACGUCGACCCCAUGGGCGUGCACACCGGUGACUCGAUCACGGUGGCGCCCAGCCAGACGCUGACGGACAAGGAGCUGCAGCGCCUGCGCGACGCCUCCAUCGCCAUCAUCCGCGAGAUGGGCGUGGAGUGCGGCGGCUCCAACGUGCAGAUGGCGGUCAACCCCGAGGAUGGCGAGAUGGUGAUCAUCGAGAUGAACCCCCGCGUGUCGCGCUCUUCCGCCCUGGCCUCCAAGGCCACCGGCUUCCCCAUCGCCAAGAUGGCCGCCAAGCUGGCUGUGGGCUACACGCUGGACCAGAUCGCCAACGACAUCACGCAGAAGACGCCCGCCUCCUUCGAGCCCUCCAUCGACUACGUGGUCACCAAGGUGCCGCGCUUCGCCUUUGAGAAGUUCCCGGGCUCCAAGGCCGAGCUGACCACCAUGAUGAAGAGUGUGGGCGAGGUCAUGGCCAUGGGCCGCACCUGGCAGGAGUCGGUCCAGAAGGCCCUGCGCGGCAUGGAGACCGGCCUGGACGGCUGGGGCCUGCCCAAGGGCUACAAGCGCCUGCCCAAGGACCAGCUGCUGUACAAGCUGCGCGUGCCCAACCCCGACCGCAUCUUCAUCCUCUACCAGGCCAUGGAGGAGGGCCUGACCAACGACGAGUUGUUUGAGCUGACCAAGAUCGACCCCUGGUGGCUGGCACAGCUGCGCGAGCUGUUCGACGUCAGCCUGUGGCUCAAGGAGCACAAGCUGGGCGACAUCAGCGCCGAGGACAUGAGCUGGGUGAAGCAGAAGGGCUUCUCCGACAGCCAGAUCGCCCGCUACACAGGCUCGGACCUGAUGGAGGUGCGCGCGCGGCGCAAGGCUCUGGGCAUUGAGCCCAGCUACAAGCGCGUGGACACGUGCGCCGCCGAGUUCGACGCCAACACGCCCUACAUGUACAGCACCUACGACGGCAACACCGAGGUGGCCGCCACCAACGAGCGCAAGGUGCUCAUCCUGGGCGGCGGCCCCAACCGCAUCGGCCAGGGCAUUGAGUUCGACUACUGCUGCUGCCACGCCUCCUUCAGCCUGCGCAAGCAGGGCUACGAGACGAUCAUGAUGAACUGCAACCCCGAGACCGUGUCCACCGACUACGACACCUCCACCCGCCUCUACUUCGAGCCCAUCACGGUUGAGGACGUGCUGAACGUGAUCGAGGCGGAGCGGCCCGAGGGCGUGAUUGUGCAGUUCGGCGGCCAGACGCCGCUCAAGAUCGCCAUGGACCUGGACAAGGCACUCAAGGCCAACCCCAUCCCCGCCGCCUCGGGCAACGGCAACGUGCGCAUCUGGGGCACGUCGCCCGACUCCAUUGACAUUGCCGAGGACCGCGACCGCUGGAUGGAGGUGCUCACCAAGCUCAACAUCCGCCAGCCGGCCGGAGGCAGCGCGCGCAGCGAGAAGGAGGCGUUUGACAAGGCCAACAGCCUGGGCUACCCGGUCAUGAUCCGCCCCAGCUACGUGCUGGGAGGCCGCGCCAUGGAGAUCCUGUACAACAAUGACGACCUCAAGCGCUACGUGACGUUUGCUGUGGAGGUGGACCCGGAGCGGCCGGUGCUGGUGGACAAGUACCUGGACCGCGCAGUGGAGCUGGACGUCGACGCCCUGUGCGACGUGCAGGGCAACGUGACCAUCGCCGGCAUCAUGGAGCACAUUGAGCAGGCCGGCAUCCACUCGGGCGACUCGGCGUGCAGCCUGCCCACGCAGUCCAUCAAGGCCGAGGUGCUCAAGACCAUCCGCGAGUGGACUGUGGCAGUGGCCAAGGAGCUCAAGGUGGUGGGCCUCAUCAACAUCCAGUUCGCGGUGCAGGACGACGUGCCCUACAUCAUCGAGGCCAACCCCCGCGCCUCGCGCACGGUGCCGUUUGUGGCCAAGGCCGUGGGCCACCCCAUCGCCAAGUACGCCUCGCUGCUCAUGAGCGGCAAGACGCUGGCUGAGAUUGGGUUCACGGAGGAGCCCAUCCCGCCGCACGUGGCUGUCAAGGAGGUGGUGCUGCCCUUCAACAAGUUCCCCGGCGCCGACACGCUGCUGGGCCCCGAGAUGCGCUCCACCGGAGAGGUGAUGGGCAUUGACAAGGACUUUGCGGCGGCGUUCGCCAAGGCGCAGAUCGCCGCGGGCCAGAAGCUGCCCAAGACCGGCAAGGUGUUUGUGUCCAUGGCCGACAAGUACAAGCCCGACAUCAUCGAGAUUGCGCGCAACCUGGGCAACCUGGGCUUCGGCCUGGUGGCCACAACCGGCACCGCGCUGGCGCUGCGCAACGCGGGCGUGCCGUGCGAGCAGGUGUUCAAGAUCCAGGAGGGCCGUCCCAACCCCGCCGACCUCAUGCGCAACGGCGAGGUGACGCUGAUGAUGAUGACCAGCGGCGGCGACGAGGCGGACCUGCGCGACGGCAAGGAGCUGCGCCGCCUCGCGCUGCAGCUGAGCAUCCCCACCGUGACGACGGUGGCGGGCGCGCGCGCCACCACCGCGGCGCUGCGGGCCAUGCGCGCCGGGCCGCUGGUGCAGAUCCCGCUGCAGGACUUCUUCCCCAACUACUACGACGACUCGCUCGAGCUGAUGCUCAAGUAAAGGCGUUUGCCGUACCGCGUUGGACGGGCGGACUUCCUGUGACUGCAGCGGCCUGGCUGCAGCGGGAGUGUGUGCUGCUUCUGAGGCAGGGUCGCGGCGUGUACCUAUCGGGUUUGACGCGGGGGGUUCAGAGCACUCCUAGCCAGUGCCACGCCUGGACACACCUAAAAUGCCCGGCUGUAUGUGUGGGCGCGGCGCCUUUGCCGCCCUGCUGGCUGGUGCCGACCCCAAUUCUUUCCCGUUGCUGCUCGGGGUUGAGUGAGGUGGGGGCGCGAGAUGUGAAGAUACCUUGGUUCCAGCGCGCUCGUGUACUUUGAGUACCAUAAAUGUGAUUUGUGAGCAUGUGCGAUGGCGCCUUGCGUGCGUGCGGCGGCUAGCGCCCUUUCGGGUUUGUUGAAACGGUGGCUGCGGCCGCAACGACGGCGAGAAGGAAGACAGGAAACGCAGAUGAGACAGUUUUUGCCGGCGGCGGCAGUGUGUUGGACACGCCCGGGUGGGUGUCUUGAACCCAUGUGAGUAGGCUGACGGAUAUGAAUACGCCCGCACACGCGGCGGCGGGAGACGGGGGUGACAGAGCGGACCAUUAGCUCGUCGCGCGUUGCGAGGGCUUUGCUCUGCAAGGCAGCAGUCCUUGUUGCUGCCCUGCUGCCCUGGCGUGCUGCGCCGGUGGCAAUACCAGGUUGGGCCGUAGCAGGGCCAGGUUUCAUUUGAGUCCACAGUUGCCACUUGCCAGGGUGCCGCGUGAGGGUGCUGUGAGGGCCAUGAUUUCAUGGGGCGUGGCCCAGGUUCGGAGCAGGGCGCGGGAUGCAUGCGGCUGGCUGUACCGGCAUGCGGGCUGUUACCAACCGACAGCAUGACGGGAAAGGCUUACGCAGGGUUGAGCUGCUGAGCUGUAAACACUUUCUGAG